AUGGGCGGUGCCGGGGCGACCUCAAGUUCCCGACGGCCAGUGCGUCGGCGGUGGUUGGGUGGUAAGAUGGCGGCUGUGAGUUUGCGACUCGGCGACUUGGUGUGGGGGAAACUCGGCCGGUAUCCUCCUUGGCCAGGAAAGAUUGUUAAUCCACCCAAAGACUUGAAGAAGCCACGUGGAAAGAAAUGCUUCUUUGUGAAGUUUUUUGGAACAGAAGAUCAUGCCUGGAUCAAAGUGGAACAGCUAAAACCCUACCAUGCUCAUAAGGAGGAAAUGAUAAAGAUUAACAAAGGCAAACGGUUCCAGCAAGCUGUGGAUGCCGUGGAAGAGUUCCUAAGAAGAGCCAAAGGGAAGGACCAGACAUCAUCCCACAACUCUGCUGAUGAUAAGAAUCGGCGUAAUUCCAGUGAGGAGAGAAGUAGGCCAAACUCAGGUGAUGAGAAGCGCAAACUUAGCCUGUCUGAAGGGAAGGUGAAGAAGAACAUGGGAGAAGGAAAGAAGAGGGUGUCUUCAGGCUCUUCAGAGAGAGGCUCCAAAUCCCCUCUGAAAAGAGCCCAAGAGCAGAGUCCAAGGAAGCGGGGUCGGCCCCCAAAGGAUGAGAAGGACCUCACUGUCCCCGAGUCUAGUACCGUGAAGGGAAUGAUGGCUGGACCGAUGGCCGCAUUUAAAUGGCAGCCAACUGCGAGUGAGCCUGUUAAAGACGCAGACCCUCAUUUCCAUCACUUCCUGCUCAGCCAAACGGACAAGCCAGCUGUCUGUUACCAGGCAAUCACAAAGAAGUUGAAAAUAUGUGAAGAGGAGACUGGCUCCACCUCCAUCCAGGCCGCAGACAGCACGGCGGUGAACGGCAGCAUCACGCCGACAGACAAAAAGAUAGGAUUUUUGGGCCUUGGCCUCAUGGGAAGCGGCAUCGUCUCCAACUUGCUAAAAAUGGGUCACACGGUGACAGUCUGGAACCGGACUGCAGAGAAGGAACCCAACAACAGACACUUGUUUUGUGCUUACUGUGAAGUAGAACAUCGAUCUAUGCACCAGUGUGAUCUGUUCAUUCAGGAGGGGGCCCGCCUAGGAAGGACCCCCGCUGAAGUCGUCUCAACCUGCGACAUCACCUUCGCCUGCGUGUCGGAUCCGAAGGCAGCCAAGGACCUGGUGCUGGGCCCCAGUGGUGUGCUGCAAGGGAUCCGCCCUGGGAAGUGCUACGUGGACAUGUCAACAGUGGACGCAGACACAGUCACCGAGCUGGCCCAGGUGAUUGUGUCCAGGGGGGGCCGCUUCCUGGAAGCCCCCGUCUCAGGGAACCAGCAGCUGUCUAACGAUGGGAUGCUGGUGAUCUUAGCGGCCGGAGACAGGGGCUUGUACGAGGACUGCAGCAGCUGCUUCCAGGCCAUGGGGAAGACCUCCUUCUUCCUAGGUGAGGUUGGCAACGCAGCCAAGAUGAUGCUCAUCGUGAACAUGGUCCAGGGGAGCUUCAUGGCCACCAUCGCCGAGGGCCUGACCCUGGCCCAAGUGACAGGCCAGUCCCAGCAGACACUCUUGGACAUCCUCAAUCAGGGACAGUUGGCCAGCAUCUUCCUGGACCAGAAGUGCCAAAAUAUCCUGCAAGGGAACUUUAAGCCUGAUUUCUACCUGAAAUACAUUCAGAAAGAUCUGCGCUUAGCCAUUGCACUGGGCGAUGCCGUCAACCAUCCAACUCCUAUGGCAGCCGCAGCCAAUGAGGUGUACAAAAGAGCCAAGGCACUGGACCAGUCCGACAAUGAUAUGUCUGCCGUGUACCGAGCCUAUAUACACUAAGCUGUCAACGCCCCCCCACCCCCGCCCCUCCGAUAUUCCCUCUGACCCCUAUUCCUCACACGGGGUCAGGGUCCUGGGACUUAGCUCUGGACCAGUCCACCUGUCUCCAUUUCCUUUUCUACAGACUUUGAGACUUGCCGUCAACGCAGCACACAGCAUCACUCCCCUGGAGAUCCUGGGGAGGAGGGGCUGCUAGCAGGAUUGGCUUGUGGAAAGCUCUUGAGCUGGGCACUGGCCCCUGGACUAGGUGGUUGUGUACACACACAC